AUGGAGUGUAGACUGAAGCUGAAGAAGGAGGACGGGUCCAAGCCGUUCGACGCCACUCUGUACAAAAGCGUCAUUGGGAGCUUGCGCUACUUGGUUCAUACUCAACCAGAUAUAGCUCACGCUGUCGGGAUUGUCAGCCGUUUCAUGGAGAAUCCAAGCACUAGUCAUUGGGCUGCGGUGAAGCAAAUUCUGAGGUACAUUCAUGGAACCAAGCAGUAUGGCUGCACCUACACAGCGAGCAGUGGCAGUGCUGAACUUCUUGGUUACAGUGACAGUGAUCACGCCGGCGAUUUAGGCGACCGCAAGAGCACAUCGGGGCAAGUCUUCUUCCUCGGACAGAACCCGGUAAGUUGGACCUCCCAAAAGCAGAAGGUUGUGGUAAUCAGUUCUUGCGAGGUCGAGUACGUCGCAGCUGCAGCAGCAACUUGCCAGGGUAUUUGGCUGAGUCGCCUCCUCGCCGAUCUGCUGGGUACCAGUCCAGAGAAGUUCACACUGCUGGUGGACAACAAUUCUGCGAUAGCAGUGGCGAAAAACCCUGUCUUUCAUGAUCGGACCAAGCAUAUCGAUGUGAAGUUCCAUUUCAUUCAGGAUUGUGUCGAGGAGAAGAUUCUUGAGAUCGAGCAUGUUAGGACUCACAACCAGCUAGUUGACAUUCUAACCAAGGCACUGGGAAGGGUGCGCUUCAUUGAGAUGCGGCAGAAGCUGGCGGUCAUGGAAGGCAGCAAGAAACCAUGA